AGUAACGGUCCGACUGGGCUGGGAAACCCACCUAAAGGCAAUUAAGGGUAAAGGACGACAAAAAUAUUUGAUAAACUUUUUUCUGGUCGAUUAGAGGAAAGGAUGGCCAUAGAACAUUAGAAUGAAAGACUGAUCGCCCGUGAUAGAAUAGACAGAUAGCGGUCCGAUGUUUCACGGACUUAACCCCCCUUCAGCGAUAUACUCUACGCAUGAACUCUGUCUUCUUCCAAACUUCGAAUGAAAUAGAUUUAGCAGUGAUAUUGGGCUUCUCAUCCAUCCAAAAAAGGUGGCUAAUCGACGAAAGACAUUGGGAAAAGUUGCAGAGAGAGUAUAAGAACAAAAAACGACCACUAUCCGGACAAGACCAACUUGCGCAAAAUGUGAGACAUACCCUUUCACUUAUUUUCUGAAGACGUCGAUGGAUCGAGUGCAUUAAUUAUUGUCAGAAAAACACUUUGGUAGGUCUCGGUCUUUUUAAACGAGAAGUUCUCUUCAUUAGUCUCUCGAACCCCUUUCGCUGGCUGCGGGGAUGGGGGCCGCGCCGGGCUCGGGCUGGGAGGAGGGGGAAUUCGAGUUCAAGUUGGUUUUUGAGGAGGACCCGCCGCGCCAACUCCGGGGCCCAUCCCCGCUGCGCAACGCCGACCAGGAGCACAACAUCGCGGGAGAGAGGACAGUGAGCGCCCUGUCGCUCCCGGAACCGAUUAAUACUGACAGCCAUUUGGCUGCCACUCACGUAGGUCAGUCAAUUGGCAUCCCUACCCCACCUUGUUCUUCAGCUACACAACGAGCUGGGAUGCAUUCUCCGCCCCCCAGACGUGCCUUGGUGAGGGAAUUCAGCGGGACUUAUGAGAGUCUUCCAGCGCGAUCUGUCCAGGUGUCAGAGUCCCGUGUCUUGGAGUGCCCUAGCAUCCAGAUCACAACUAUCUCCCCAGAGGACGACUCUGCUCCGGCGGGGGGUAACUACUGGGACACAGGGGGUGGAUGGGACAGGGAGCGCCUCUACCUCCCCCUACUGGACCCGUUCUGCUACCGUGAGGGUGGCACCAGCGCUGGAUCCCUCAGUCCAAGCCCGGCGUCCAGCCCCUCUUCUCGAGGCUGGCUCAGUCCUGCGUCCAGCUGUGAUUCGCUGCUAGUGGAGGAGGAGGAGCUCAGUGAUGCCACCGCUCACUUCUGCCUGUUGCCCUCCUCACGGCCAACCUCCCCAGGUGGUAAGAAGCGCAGAAACUCCCCCUUGGCUUCCCCUUGCACCUCCCGCAGGAGCAGCUGCUCUGAGGACCACUCCUGUACCUCAGAUGGAGGGGACUCCAUCUCUCAGUCACAGGGUAUCAACAGCAGCUUUGAGCUGAGCAUCCCACAGAAGACCAGGAAAACUUCACUGGAGCAGGUCUCCCCCAGGGAUGUGGAGCAAGAGCAGUUUCCAGCCCAUAGUUCACACUGCCCACAGCCAGAGCCACUGCAGCAGAGGAGAGAGCCCCCCUCCAUGGGCAUGGACUACCUGUCUGUGCCCCCAGCUCUGGGCUGGGGAAGGACCAGAGCCAGUGGCCACAGCCCUCUGUUCAGAUCCAAUGCUCUGCCACCACUUGAUUGGCCUCUGCCGACUCAGUUUGACCCAUAUGAGCUGCGUAUCGAGGUGCAGCCACGCCCACACCACCGUGCCCACUAUGAGACGGAGGGAAGCAGGGGGGCCGUCAAGGCAUCGCCGGGGGGACAUCCGGUUGUUAAGCUCACUGGGUACACGGAGAGACAGCCACUCUCUCUGCAGGUGUUUGUGGGAACAGCUGAUGACAGGUCAAUCCGGCCACAUCCAUUCUAUCAGAUACACAGGGUGACAGGAAAGAUGGUGGGCACUGCCAGUCAGGAGAGUGUCCAGGCUGGCACUAAAAUACUGGACAUCCCCCUCAACCCAGAGACCAACAUGACCGCCCUCAUUGACUGUGCUGGCAUUCUGAAGCUGAGGAACUCGGACAUCGAGCUGAGGAAAGGAGAGACAGAUGUAGGGAGGAAGAACACGCGUGUGCGCUUGGUGUUUCGUACUCACCUUCCUUUGGCCCCUCCUGUGGCUCAACCUGGACGUGUACUGGUCCUGCAGGUGGCAUCGUUGCCUAUAGAGUGCUCACAGCGCUCUGCUCAGGAGUUGCCCAUAGUGGAGUCGGUCAGUCUCACGUCCUGCUCUGUGGAAGGAGGGGAGGAGCUUCUGUUGGGCGGCUCUAACUUCCUUCCAGUGUCCAGGGUGCUUUUUAUGGAAAGAGGGACAGAUGGAAAGCUACAGUGGGAAGAAGAGGCGCAUGUCGACCGGGACAACAGUAGCGAGUGCUUGCUGUGUGUGCGAGUUCCAGCCUACAGCGACCUCUCAGUGACCCGCCCAGUGUCCGUGUGCCUUUAUGUCUCCAACGGGAAAAGGAAAAGGAGCAGCACUCACUGUUUCAAGUACCUGCCUGUGAUGUUCAAAGAAGAGGACCCUCUGUUGUCACGUCCCUCUGCUUUGGCCCCGGAGGGGGUGACGAUCUGCUCCAUGGGUGGGCCCAGCAGGGGGGACAGGGAUCCUGCUGUUGAUGAGAGAGGCCUUGCCUUCCACCUGCCUCCCUACCCUUCAGCCUAUUCUCCCCCUUACCCAGGGCAGGGCUACCAGGAGGAGUACUCCCACAAGCCUGAAGCUGCUGAGGAGAACCGAGGUUCUCUUUCGGAGAGACAACCCAGCUUUGAGAACUUGGAGCUUGGUUUCACUGAGCUGCUGCCUCCCUUAUACCCUAGAGUCUCUCAGCCUCCCUCUCCUUCACCGUGGCUGGACUCCCCAUACCUGUCCUCCUCCCCCUCUCCAUCCCACUCCUCCUCUCUGAGCCCCUUCCCUGCCAGUAGCCCCAUCUCGUCCUCUCCUCUCCCCCCCAUGACUACCUCCCCCUACCCUCACUGUACUUACCCUCAGGAGGUGUGCCCGUCCCCUCCCUCCAACCCCAGCCCAUAUCAGGACUUCUAUCCACCACCAUACUCCCACUAUGAGGUGUGGGACCACCAGGGCAGGGGACCUGGGGAAAGGGAAACGCCAUCUAAGAUACAGGAGAGCCCCCUGGGAUAUGCCAGGUCAUCUAUUCACCACAUAACAUUAGAAGAAGUGAAUGAGUUCAUAGGGGAAGAUAUCAGGUCAUUCCAACCGAGCACACAGAUGGACAGCCAGCCAGGAUGACAAGCUCAGAUUAAUUCUGUCAGCAUAGUAUGUGGUUAUAGUAUGAAGUGCAUUAUUGAUAUAAUAUCACACCUUUUCCUAUGCACUUAGUUUAUGAUGUAUUGCUCAAACGUGACAAUACCCAAUGGGGAUUAAAUACAAGGGCACAGUUGUAAGUAUGAUUGCAGUUAGCUGUUACAGUUUAUAUAAGGGAGACUAAUGUUUUUAACCUGUUUUCAAUAUAAAUUAUACAAGUAAAUAUGUGUUUG